CGGCCAAUACACGCACUGUGGUCACGUGGUACGUCUACCACGCGAGGUUCGAGGACUUCACGAGCUCCCAGCAUGCAUUUGGACAUAGUUGUGAUGACGGCGGAAAGUAUCAUCGGUAUUCAUAGGUAUUUCUGAUAGCAAUGAUGGACUAAUUCACCCUGUUCCACACAGAUUCAGCAUGUCGGCAAACGAAGGAAUAACCCACGCUUCGGUUCGGGAAUUUUUAGUGAAGAAUAAUGGCAAGGUGAAAAAUAUAGACCUUGUCCAUCACUUUCGUCAACAGCUGAAUGACCCAGUUAACAAAAGCAAAGUACGAGGGGAAUUUAAAGAAAUUGUGCACACUAUCGCUACCGUUCAAACCAUCGAUGGAGAAAAAUAUUUUGUCCUCAAGAAAGCUAAAGAAGCCCCGGCAGUGCUUCGUAAACCUCCCAGGCCAAACACACGUAAAGACCGACCAGUAUCUCUCCCCCCUGUGUUUCGAGGAGCAAAGUUGGAAGAAAUGCCGACAAGGGAGGGACCGCUGACACCAGUCAGGAGCCAGUCAACAGAUGAAUCUCCUGAUCUUAGUCACCCAAAUAAGGAAAACAAACCUUUUGAUCGAAGUGACGGAAGAGAUGGGAAACGCUUGGAAAGCACUGGUUCUGUGGACAGUGGCCUUGACAGUGAUGGUUCUGGAAGUUCAGUUGGAGGCAUUUCCAAGUCUACUUUUAAAAUGCUACAAAGCCAGUUUUUAAAUUCCAGUAAAGUACCAUCCAGUACACAGCCUGAGAGAAUUUCACGAAGCAGUGAUGAACUGGAUCGAAUGGAUGAUGAUGUAGAAGAUGACUUUUUAAUGGGAGGGAUUUCAGCACAUCUGGAGCCAUUAGAAAAAGAGUGGCUGGUCUCAGCAGCUAAAGGAAACAGAGCACAGAUCAUGUGUCUUUUGGAGCAGGACCCUAACUUAGCAACAAAAAAGGAUUUUAUGUUGGUAAGUACAUUUCAAACUGAACAUUUUCAAGUGAAUGUUCACCUUUGUUAAAUACUGUAAAGUUGAUAGAUCUUGUUAAUGAAUCUUGUGUAAUAAUUAUAGUAAAAAAAUUUUACCAAUGGGUAAUAAGAGGUUUCUAUCUUUGACAAAUUGAAUAUCAAUGCUAAAAAACAACAUUUUGAUGUCAUCCUUGCAUCAUUAUCAAGUUAGAAGUAAUGAUGAUGAUGCCAAGAUGACAUUGAAUUGUAUAUUUAGCAUUGAUAUUAUGUUGUCAAAUUGAUUACUAAGUUAUCGCUUAUUUGAGUUUCUCUAAUGUUCACUCAUUCUCAGAAAUGUGACAAUAAAUUGUACAUUGCACAUGUUAAUGUAACUGUGCCAGGGAACUGUGCAAAAUAAUAUGUACUAACCAUAGUGUUUUUCCUUUCUUUUCACUGCUCAUCUGAUUACAUUCUCCUCAUACAGGGUGUAAGUAUUGCUCAGUUUACAUGUAAUUGUCAAUAUUAAACUUAGUACAUACCGUUGGAUCCCUACAUGUAUUAUGUGGCUGCCUAUUAAAUGACCACCCUUAUUAGGCAGCCAGUAAUCAAAGUCUCAAUGAUGACUUUUCUAUUGUUUUUACCUCUAUUAAGCAACCACUACCAUAUCCCCGAGGGUGGCCAUUUAAUAGGGGUUGAACUGUAAUAGGAUUCUAAACAAUGCUUUUUUACUUAACCCUAAUUCUAACUGCAUUUUUGUCAUUAUUUACAUAAAAUUUUUUAAGGAAAAAAAUCAUUGUUAAGAGACAUGGGUAGCAACUGAGAAGUGUGUAACUAUUAUUGAUGUAAAGUAUUCCCCUAUAAAGUAUCUCUCUUGAAACAUCUCUCUCUGAAUAUUAUGAUCUUGAUAGUAGUCUUACGGACAUUCCCCCAAUGAAGAUUUUAAGUGCAACCAUCCAGCUUAUACAUGUAACUAUUAUUCAUUAUUUUAUGGUAUUACAUAACUUAGAUUUGAUUUUGACCAGUGUCAUACGAGUUUUGUUUCUUGAAAUUUGUAGUUGAGCUGUUGUGAAUUAAUUUUACUCUUUCUUUUUAACCCCUCAUGGCUUAAAUAUGUGCUUCUUCAACCUGACUGUACAUCAAACUUGCAGUAUAGUGCACUUCACUGGGCAGCUAAACAUGGAAGAGCAGAUAUCGUUAAACUGCUGGCCAGCACUGGCAUUGAUGUUAAUGUAAGAACGGUAAGGACACAAGGUUUGCUAUUGGUAUUUAAUUUUCGACUACAUGUAUGCUGGUAGUGUAU